AUGCAUUCGAACCCAAUCUAUACUCAUGUCCAAGAUCGCUAUGGCGACCUGGCUGAUCGCUCGUCCACCAGCGAGCAGAAGAGAACGGAGCAAAACAUUGCCCAAGCAUUCGGCUACGAGGCUGCAGAACUCAGCUCAAUCCCCCAGGCUGCAAACCUUGGAGUGAGCUGCGGGAACCCCUUGACCCUGGCCAACUUGCGAGAGGGCGAAACAGUGGUUGAUCUCGGGAGCGGUGGUGGCAUUGAUGUGCUGCUGGCAGCCAAGAAAGUCGGUCCGAGAGGGAAAGCUAUUGGUGUGGACAUGACGAAGAGCAUGCUUCAACUCGCUCGCAAGAAUGCGGAGAAUGCGGGUGCUUCCAACGCGUCCUUUGUCGAAGCCUCGAUCACAUCUAUCCCCCUGCCAGACGACGCUGCCAACUGCAUCAUCAGCAACUGCGUGGUAAACCUCGUUCCUACAGUGGACAAGCAUCUUGCGUUCAAGGAGAUGUUCCGCCUGCUGCAACCCGGAGGUCGUCUUGCCAUCAGUGAUAUUUUGACUCGAAAGGAACUCCCGCAAGAAGUGACCAGUAGUCUUUCUUUCUACGUUGGAUGCAUUGCAGGCGCCAGCCAGGUUCACGAGUACGAGAAGUACCUUUCUGAGGCAGGAUUCAAAGAUAUCGCGAUUGUCGACACCCGCAGUGAUCUCAACAUUUACAAACAUCUGGUGCAAGAGCAGAUAGAUCUUGGGAAGACGGGCGAUAAAUCGGAACCAGCUGGUUGUUGUGGAGGAGCGCAAGUGAAGAACUCUGCUGAAGGAGACUUGCUGGAGUAUGACUUCAAUGAAUGGGCUGGCUCGUUUCAAAUUUACGCAGUUAAGCAGUAG